AGCAGGGGGCGACGUUAUGUCAAGAAAACCACUGUAAACUUCGAGCACUGCACACCUCUCCAUUAGGCCUACAUUAAGCAGAUAACUUUCCAGAAUUAAAAUUGCUGUGCUACUUUCUGGAAAAAGCAUCUCCCUGGAGUAUUUUUAGUGUCGGACUUCGUGACUCGUGAUUCAGCGUUGGCAAGUCUGAGCUUGAGGAGGCCCGUAAAGGCAGCAGCCGUUCACCGCCCCCUCUCUGCUGCCGAACAGGAGCUGUGAGGAAGAAGCAGCAGCAGCAGCAGCAGCCGGAGCGACAGACUGACUGUGGGCUAAGUUUGUCCGCCCUGGCUUCCCCUCACGAGUCGACGGGGCUUUGUUUCAUUCAUGAACAACAACCCGGCGGCUUCGCUUAGUAUUCACACCAAAAGAAGAGGCGAGCACGGCCGUGAUAACUUGGAUACAUUUGAGAGGACAGAGAGAAAGGAGAGAAAGGAGGGAGGGACUCUGAAGUUGACACUUGGCUGUCAUGUUUGGGACUUGUUGAAUGCGAGGCUGUGUGGUGACACAUAACAGAGGAGCCUGUGUGGGCAGCGUGCUGCGAACAGAGCCUCUUGUAUCACCAUGAGAUAGUGACAAACCGAGAGAGUGAUGGCAGAGCUGGAAAUCGACCAAACUAACCUUCCACGUGUCCAAGAAGUGUGCCAGUGUUUUGCUGUGCUGGAGGAUGGAGUGUUAGCACACAACCUGCAGGAGCAGGAAAUUGAGAAGUACUAUUCCACCAACAUCCAGAAGAACCAACUCGUGCAAAAUGACAUCCGAGUUGCUAAAAAGCUGCAGGAUGAGGAGGAGGAGGAGCAGCUGCAUCAGAGUACCGUCCUCAGACAGACCUCCAGACAACUAGAGGCGGAGGACUUUGAGUAUGCCCGUUUGAUCCAGGAGGAGAUCCAGCGCUGUGCUGAGGAGGCGCAGAGGAGAGAGCUGGAUGAUGAGGAAAUAGCGAAACGUUUGCAGGAGGAGGAGGAGAAGAGAGUCAGGAGGAGAAGCCGAGGACAGGAGGGGGGCCACAGUCAAGGGGCAUCACUGCAGCAUGAGCCAGGUGAGGAACGCCUGGACCUGAGGGAGCUGCAGCAGGUCCUCAGGGAUGAAGAGUUGGCUCGAAAGCUGCAGGAGGAAGAAGAAGAGAAGCUGUCGAGAAGGUAUUCUCAGCCGUCCCCUCGUAACUCUUACCCUAACGGAGACUUCCGAGUGGCACAAGUAGCACAAGAUGAGGAAAUUGCACGCUUCAUGCAGAAGCAGGAAAUAAAGUCGAAGCGUCGAUCUCGUGAGUUGGAGGGACCAGAAUCCUGGCGUGAGCACAGAGCGAUGAUGACUCAUUACGACAGACGAGCUGGAAGAGACAGACAGGUUCAACGAGAGAGGCUGGACUCAGAGGGCCUUCCGUCCCCCACUGAGGAUUGCUCCCCAGAGACUCUGCCCCCCAGCCCCAUCUCCACUCUACCACAAACCCAGCAGGUCAGAAACAUUGCAGAGGAGCUGGACCCCACCUUCCAGGCCAGGCGUCCCAGCACAGACAGCCUCAGACUGGGACUAACAGGUCCAGCCUGUCAGCCGCUUUCUGUGCCCCAGUCUGGCUUACAUGACCCCCUUGAGGAGCCGAAUUUCAUCCCUCCAACGAAGCGUCAAACAGAGAAAUCAGGACGCACCAAACCCAAAGAGAAGAGGGAAAACUGCAAGCAACAAUAACUGAUGUAUUUUUGGAAUAUAUAUUUAUAUUUUUUGAACACUAAGACACAGCUCAUUUUUAGGAGUUCUUACUUUAAGUUUGAAAACUACAAAAGAUGAAUCUUUCACUACUCCACCAGCCGCCCCUGAUAGCACUUUAGACCAGAAAGAGAGUUGUGAGUAAGUGAACAAUGACACUAUUUUGGAUGCAUGCCUUCUAUAAUUUUCAAAGGGAGAAUUAUUGUUUAUCAAAGUAUUGUUGGGAGUCUGUAUCUGUAGUGUUAAUGAGUGUUUAUUUGAAACAGUAUACCCUUUUUUUUUUAAAUAUAUACAUAUAUGUAUGUAUGUUACUUUUUGUUGGUAUUAUCUAGUUAAGCAGUUUACAGUCAGCAUCCAAAAAUGUCAGUUGACAGAAACAAGAAGUGACUAUCAUAACCUUAGACCCUGAGUGACCCUUUUCGAGGAGCUACUUCAGCACAUUGUCUUGGAGGAAGAUUGCAAAAGUGCAGAUAGUACAGAGACAAUCGAAGGAAAAUCCCACUUUAAUAAGAAUGACAUCACACAGGGAUUGUUGAAGUUUGUUGAGUUGUGUGAAUAUAUCCCUAUGGGACAGAAUAUGGAAGAAGACAAUCAAGGCUUAAAGGUCAACCCACCAGCUUUUUCAAUGUGUUGACUGCAAACCAUUGAAAUAUAAAGAGUAGACGCCACAUUGGCUGCUGGGGCGCAAGAAACACGGCCGCCAUCUUGGUCAGGUCAUCCUACCCAUGAUCCUACCUGUAAAUGUAAACUGAAGCAGCAGAGACUUCAAGAUGCCAGAGCACUGUGCGGCAAAAAUACCUAUCAUACAUCACAUAUCAGAAUAUUGUAUUACUGUUAAGCCCACUAUGAAUAUUAAAAUACGCCGAACCAUGUGUCCUGUGUCAUACCUACAUGUAUGACGUUUGCAGAAAAAUAACCCAGCAUGAAAGUCAGUCAUCAGUUUAGUGUUCAGCGAGUUAUGAUUGAGAAAUGCGCUGACACUUAAUUGCGCCUGCCAAACAGAUUACACUGAGUGGACCAGGUGACCGGACUAAGAUGGCGGCCCCACGGCUCGUCAGCACCAAUAGGUAGAAGCGGUUGAUGUGGCGUCUACUCUUUAUAUGUCUAUGCUGCAAACACUAAAGACCGUCCUUAGGGUGAGACUGUUGAUGUGUCCCCUGUAUAACCGCUCAUUAUGGCGUGACUUCAUUUCCUCACUAAGGUCACAUGAAAACACCCGAGUGAGCUGUGCACGCUGAGUGUAAGCUGAGAAGUGUUUGUUUGAUUUUAGAACUUUUGGUGGAAAUGUAACUCCAGCUCAUUUGUUCUGGCAGGCAGGUUUUUAUCAUUACAGAGAUAACACCAGUUUACGUUAUACUUUAUACACAAUACUUGCUCCAAGAACUGAUUUGAUUUAAUGCUGCUCUUAUAUAACUUUUCAUUACUUCCUUUUUGCUUGAUUUUAUCUGCUUCUUUAACUCUCACGUUUGAAACACUUUUGUUUGUUUGUUUUUUUUACAAGGCGUAGGUGGACCACUAAGAAUGCAACUGUUGUAAGAAAGUGAAACAAAUAAUAAAAGAAAAAAAUCAU